AUGCCAAUCAUUCAGCGUCCCUACGUGCCCCCAGAAGACCAGCCACCCCAGGAGGAUACUUACGUCAACCCUGGCGAUACCCGGGGAGCCGAAGCCUCCGGGGAGCCCAUCACCUUUUACUGCGACUCCUUCCACGUUUAUAGCAGCCUCUACUCCGCCGUCCUUUUCUUCGGCGAGCAGAUGGAGGAACGGGAGCCCAUACUGCGGGCCCGAAUCAAGGUCAGCCCUCAGAUGCUCAAGGCCUUUGCCCUCCUGGCCAACAAGCACGUCCGCGACUACGAGGAAGCGGUCGGCCCCAUAACCCUGCCCGAACAGGUCUACAACGCCUGGGAGAUUGAGGUGGAGCAGGCGUAG